UGCAUCAGUUCAUUGACACGCUUCGGCCUUCCCACAUCGCUCCGUUUUUUUUGACCGGAAAGAAAACGUGAGAAGGGUAGGCGGAGAGAGAGAGAGGGAUCUCCCCGAUGGCUCAGCGACAGGGAGAAUUGGAGAGGGCGGCGGCGCAGUCGGAGGUGGUAGGAGGGAAGAAGCACGGUUACGCGGUGGAGUUAUACUUCGACCCGGCGCUGGAGAACCAGGUGCUCAAGGCGUGGAACGUGCUCGGCCGCCGGCAAAUCAGCACGCAGCUCAUCGAGAUGUCCGCCCGCCCCCACAUCACUCUCCUGUCCGCCCCAUGCCUCGACCCUCACCGCCUUCACGUCGCCCUCAAAGGCCUCGCCGCGCGGCUCGACCCGCUUCCGCUCUCCCUAUCCUCCGUCGGCGCCUUUCUUUCACCCGACACUAAUAAAGAAGGUGACGUGCUCUUCCUCGCUCCUACCCCAGCCGCUUCCCUCCUCCACCUUCACACCCAGGUUUGCGACGCGCUCCGAAAGGAAGGAGGGGUCGAGCCGCCCGAUGAGUUCCGUCCCGAUUCCUGGGUGCCACAUUGCUCCGUCGCUCAGGAUGUGCCCCGGAAUCGCAUCGCGGACGCUUUCUGCAUCCUUCGGGACCUCAAGCUGCCUGUCUCUGGGUACGCCAUGGACAUCGGCCUCGUUGAGUUCUCCCCUGUGCGGGAGAUUUUCUCCUUCUCUCUAGGGUGUAAUUCCGAAGGUUGAGGUUAUUAUGGCUUUGUUUGUUGAACUUCAACCUGCUGCACUAUCACCUUCAACAGUUUGUCUUUCAAUCAUCAAGGGCAUGCUGCAUCUUCCUGUCUAGGCUACAAACACCAUAGGCGACUGAUUUUUGUGAUGUUAAUCUUGUAAUUGAAUGUUUUACUAAAUAUCCUUACCACAAUGAAGUUAUUAAUAGUGUUACAUUCAGUUGAGACGGCUUUAAGUUUGUGUUCUCUGCAUUUACAUGGUUCAGGAUUUAAAA